AAAAAUCAUAGUGUUCUUCGUCGUUUACCCGGCAAUUUACAGUGGAUUUCGAUGAAAUAGAGAAAAAGACAUCCAAAGAUGACGUUUUUAUACAGAGACGAAGAGAUUCGGAAUAGCAACAGCGAAAUGGAGGAGAAAUCCGCUAUCCCAGUAAUCGAUCUGCAAAACUUUCCGGGAAAAUACGAGAAACUGUUGCGGGAGGCGUGCGAGGACUGGGGUUGUUUCAGAGUCGUCAAUCACAACAUACCCAUCUCGCUAAUGAUAGAUAUGAAGGCAGUGGUGAGGUCUCUGUUCGACCUUCCCACAGAAAUCAAGCAACGCAACACCGAUGCCGUCGCCGGCAGUGGCUACGUCGCAAGAAGCGAAGCAAACCCUCUAUACGAGGCACUGGGGUUAUACGACAUAGGUUCCUCACAAGCCGUGCAGGAAUUUUGUUCUCGACUCGAUGCCUCUGCUCAUCAAAGGAAGGUAAUCGAGGCUUAUGCUAAGGCAACCAACGAUCUGGCAAUGGAGAUUUCGAGAAAAUUAGCAGAAAGCAUGGGAUUGAAUGGCGAUUUGUUUGAGAAUUGGCCGAGCCAAUUCAGGAUUAACAAGUACCACUUCACCCCAGAAACAGUAGGAACUUUGGGGGUUCAAUUGCAUACAGAUUCAGGGUUCUUGACCAUACUUCAGGAUGAUGAAAAUGUGGGUGGUCUUGAAGUGAUGAACAACAAAUCUGGACAAUUUUUUACCGUUGAUCCGUUACCAGGAACACUUGUCAUCAAUUUUGGUGAUAUUGGCAAUGCUUGGAGUAAUGGGAGGUUCUGCAAUGUGAAGCACCGAGUUAAAUGCAAGGAAGCAACAGUGAGAAUCUCCAUUGCUUCAUUUCUUCUGGGACCAAAUGAGGGAUCCGUGGAAGCACCAAUGGAGCUUGUGGAUGAUCAGCAUCCGAGGCUCUAUGUUCCUUUCACCUGGGAAGAUUACAGGAAGCUUCGAUUGACAACGAAACAUCGCGCUGGUGAAUCACUUGCUGAUAUGCUUAUUAGUACCCAAAACAGAGUGAAUGCGUAGUAGUCUUGUGCAAUACUAUUCGCCUUUGCUGCUCUGUGUUAUUGACAUCAAUCUUAAAUAAAAGCUUCUAAGUUCUAUCUUUGCUAUUAA